AUUCAUUCAAGCUUUUUCAAAGACAAUUGUAUCGUAAUAGACUGAUUCUCAUUGUUGCCAAGAGUUUCUGUUAAUGAACGAGAAUACGAGAUUAACUGAUUAAUGUAUCAGACGUAUCAAAUAAAAUCCUCUCGAAUUACAGCCAUUAACACAACUCGACGUAACAUGAUUAUUGUAGACGGACAAAUAGUAUUUAAACGGAGCCAGUUGUCCUUAUAAUCAAAGUUUCAAACUACCCAGAAAGGGUUUUGUCAGUCUUCGCUUAUUCAUGGGUAGCUCGGCUUCUGUGGCGAAUGGAAACAGAAAACUGCGCUCAACUCGGCGAUCGCUUGGAGGUUACAAGACGUCUUCCUGUCGAGAGCUUUGGUCAAGACAACUCGAUUGUCCUUAACGACUCAAGUGUCAAAACACGGAGUUCAACUUCUUUAAGCGAGGCAAAAGGCAAAUCUAGGAGCUCCUUACAGUCUUUGAGUUCAUUCUUCGGCUUCAAGCAUAAGGGAGACGAUCAAUCUCACAAUGACAACGCAAACCACACCGGAAGUAUGUCUUCAGCUGAACUGGCCGAGAUCAAGAUAAGUCGUUUAACGAAAAAGAACAACGAUUUGCAACAAAAACAUGAAAGAUUAAACAGAGAAUUGCAUAUUUUAAGACAGAACUACACAAAAUAUCGAGAAGAAAGUGUCUUAGCUAGGACGGAAGAAAAGCAGGCGAAAGAAAGAGCCAAGACCUUUGAAAACGAAUUGGACAAAAUGAAAAAAGAAUUCAAGUCGUACACGAACGACAAAGAAAAAGAAAUCCAUUCUCUCGUCAAGAGGGUAAACCAAUUGGAGAAAGGAUUAGAAAACGGUGGGAAUGACGAAUGUUUUGAAAUACCUUCAUCAUCAACUUGUGAUGAAAAGUUCGAGAAAGACAACCUUAGCCUUUUUAAGGCAUCGGAAUUUCUCAUUCGUGAGAAAGUGCCGGAUUUCAACGUCGUCUAUCCAUUGCUGUCCCAAGUUGGGAAAAAGCAAGGGAUUCCCAGCAAGGCAAAAGUAUAUCGAAUAUAUUUCUCGACAGAUAAGCUUGCAAAACGUGACGCAACACUGUUUUCAAAGGUCGUAUUCCCUGAACUUCGUCAACGCUGUGCCGAAAAUGGAAAGUUUCUUGUUGUAUUCGAGUCAACUUGUGAUCAUGGACAAAUGGAGGAAGAAUGGGAAUAUUAUUUGAUGAAGAAAUGUGAUCUUUUCUUUGGAAUAUUUGCAAAGACCGACAAUAGAGCAAUAUUAGAUCGUUGGAAAAGAUCACUGGACGUGUUCAACGCUAAAAAACUGCCCGUUGUGUUUGCUUUCAAAGAUGCGCGGAAAAAAAGUUAUGGUGGCACGGAAUUAACACAUUUUCUUGAUGGUCUUGGCGAGAAUACCAAGGUGUCGUUCUAUUCUCACGUGACUACAUUAGUCGAAGAAAACAAGGAAGAUCUCCAGGAUAUUAUUAAGGAGCAUUUCGGCUUAGCUUCUGAAUCGAGCAUGAAAGAUCACAUGACCUACAUACUCGAUGUAUCUGACGAAGAGUUGUUCACCGAUUGCGAAUCAUGUUUGAAACAGCUAGAAAUUUUACAUUUAUACACGAAGUCAUCUGCGGCAUACAUAGGUCUCGAUAAGUACUACAAGCAGUUGGAUAGUUACGUCAAUUCUGCUGGCUCAUGUCCACCUCUUGUUGUCAGCGGUGACGCGGGUUGUGGAAAAAGUACCUUGCUGGCCAACUGGGUGCAGCGACAACUCGACAAUGGCAACGAUUUGAUUUUAUACAAUUUCGCGAGCGCUACUAAUUGUGAUGUAUUCACAAAUCCAGCUCAUAUCAUGAGACGGAUUGUAUCACAACUACUAGGAUUAUACCCUUGUCUUUGCUCCUUGAUGCAUUGUGAUCCUGUAAAGUGUGAAGAGCUGUUCCCGUGGAUGUUGAAGACGAUACCUGAAAAGAUUGACAGAAAGAUUAUCAUUGUCAUUGAUGCUGUAGAUACGUUGAAGAACAGUUCUACCACACAUCAUUUGAGUUGGCUUGUCGAUUCUUUGCCAGAAACCGUGCGUGUUGUGCUUUCUGUAAACACUGACAACGUGCCAUCCGAAUGGAGAUUAUCAAGAUCUUUGAGAGUCUUACCUUGGACCCACGAAGAGAGUAAAGAAUAUUUGGUUUCGUGUUGGAAAAACUCAGAAGAAAAUGCAAUAAUGAUAUUGAAAAAUCUCUCCGAUUUUGUCGUGUGUUCGCCGUUAUUUUUGAAAAUUCUUGGCCACGAGCUGACGAGGGUUUCUGAUCUUGCUGUAUAUAUUCAUGAACAAGCGUCUGUAAAGAAUGUAGCCGAGCUGAUAACGCAUAUAUUGACGUCUCUAGAAAGCACUAAAGGAGCUCUUAUGAAACAGGUGUUGGCUUUGAUCUGCAGCAGUCGUAGUGGUUUGACUGAAGUCGAACUGAUGGAAGUGCUUUCUUUAACUUGGUUGGAAAUCAGUCCAAUUAUGAAAUAUUUACUCCAUGACAGACCAAUACUUUGUGAAGUGAAUGAUCUACUCGUCAUCCCAAAUUCACAGUUGCUCGAGGCUGUUUUGCUGUACUUGAACAGCGAUAUUAUAUUGAAAAAGUGCAGACAACGUCUGGUACAAUACUAUUCUGACAAACUAACAAAUAAUGGUGUUUCGGAGUCCAUCAUUGAUCAACUUCCGUGGCUUCUGCAACAGUUAGAUGAUAAGGAGAAUUUAAGAAACAUAAUAUCACGGAUCGACGUUUUUCAUAUGUUUGUGAAAAGAUCGUUGUUCUCCGAUCUUCUUUCGUAUUGGAGCUAUUUGGACACACCUAAUAAAGAAUUUGCUCUUGUAUAUAUGGACGCUAUCAAAAAAAUGGAGGAUGACGCGUCGUGUUUGGAAGUUGCUUUACGUUACGAAGUUCUUGGUCGUUUUCUUAAAGGAGUUAGUGUUAAACUCCAUUCUAUGGCAAUGAAAUGUUUGGAACGUGCGCUCGAAAUGAAAGAAUUUGUGCUGGAGACUAAUGAUUCUUGGAUAGCACAAUCUCUCCAUUAUCUCGGUGACCUUUAUUUGCUUCUAGGAAAUCUUGAAUCUGCUGAGGCUUCGUACAAACAGACGUUGGACAUUAACGAAAGUACUUAUGGAAAAGGACAUCUUUUGAUAGCAAAGGAAUUAGAUUGCUUAGCUUUUGUGAAAAUAAAACAAAAAAAACAAAGAGCGUGCUUAGAGCUGCAAUGUAAAUCUUCAAAAAUAAGAAAGAAAGCUUACCUUCGAAAAAAAUCCACGUCAAAUCCAGGGAACACUUCAUCGUCCUCGCCACCCUCUUCGAACUCUCAAUGUCCCCAAGAUAAUAGUGAGCUGACAGUCUCGUCGUUCGCUUCUAGUCUCAGCUGGUCAGAUGGUUAACCACUAAAUACAGUUAUUGACAUUGGAGAGAUGAUUGAACCUGACUUGGGGAGAUAUAUGAAAGAGCUGCUCAUGAACAGUGCGCAGACACUCGUUGUCACUUCGCUUGUUCUCGGCAAUACCCUCAAUUAUAUAGUUGAAAUAUAAGACGAACAUACCCUAUGUUGUAGGGACAAUGACGAAGACUACCUGAUUUAAUGCAUGAUUUUGGUGUAACGUGUUGUUUGUAUGUACAAAGCUUUGGUGUAUAUAAUAUUUGUAAAUGGUCGAAGAUCUCAGUGGACCUGUAUUUUCGAAUGAAAAUAAAAAAAUCAUCUAUUUAAGACAUCAA